AUGUCAAGACCAACAUCAUCACGCUCCUCACCAGCAGAGACUGCGGUUGACCUUCUCCUGCCAGACCCACCUCGAGGCACGGUUUCAGCGGUCGUCUUCUCUCCAACGCCUGCUGCACCUCACAUCAACGUCCUUGCCUCCAGCUGGGAUCAUUGUGUGCAUCACUAUUGUUUCAACUCAUCCGUUUCCGACUCGGCCUCGACUUCUGCCUCUGACCAGGGCCUCGUCACCAAAGUCCAGACGUUUGCACACCAAGCACCAGUCCUAGAUGUUUGCUUCAUCACAGACACACUUGCUGCUUCCGCUAGUGUCGAUCGACGUGUCAGACUUCUCGAUCUGCAGACUGGAAAGACGCUGAUCCUGGGCAAGCACCAAGAUUCGCUACUGAAGCUGCGAUGGUGUCCCCAAACUCAACUGCUUGUUUCUGGCUCAGCGGAUCGAAAGUUGAGCUUUUGGAACGUCAGUCUCGAAGACCCCACCAAAGCCGGCCUUUUGAAGACCUUAGACAUGCCAGACAAAGUCAUCGCACUAGACAUCUCCCCUCCAUUCCCGCUCGCCAACGGCGGCUCAACACCAAUCUACUCCGCCUCCGCUCCCGGCAAGCCACAUCCCCGCGAUCCCACUCCACGCCUCGUAGUCGGAAUGACCGGUCGACAUGUCUUUGUAUACGACCUACUCCCACUCCAUUUAGCCAUCGAUCGUGAACAAGCAGGCGAACGAGUAGCAGAACGAGAUUGGCAACCAGAUCAAAAACGAGAAUCUUCGCUUAAAUUCAUGGCUCGCGACCUCAGAUGUGUGCCUUCAGGCGACGGAUAUGCUACAUCGAGUAUAGAGGGGAGGAUAGCCGUGGAGUUUUUCGAUCCGAAUCCAAAAGUUCAGGCGAUGAAGUAUGCGUUUAAAUGUCAUCGUGAGACGGUGAGUGAAGGUGCGGAUCCGCCGGUAGUGGGAGUGGUGGAAGAAGAGGAAGAAAUGGAAACGCCUUAUGACGUUGUUUAUCCGGUUCAUGGGAUUGCUUUUCACCCCAAACACGGAACAUUCGCAAGUCUGGGUGGCGACGCAGUGAUAAGCGUUUGGGAUGCAGCUGCAAAGAAACGCAUUCGACAGUAUCCUAAGCUCACCUCUCCCAUCACAGCCGGGACAUUUGAUCCUUCAGGAACAAUGCUGCUUGUUGCGACCGGGAGUGAUUUGAUCGAUGCGAAGGAGGGAGAUGACAGCGUAUCGCUGGUGCUCAAACGUAAUGUUUGGGAGGAGUGCAAGCCUAAGAUCAAGUCUUCGUCCAGCUCAUCAUCGAAAGCGAAAAAGUAG